GAAAGAGGGAUUGUUAAGUAGAUACCGUAACUCUGCUUCAUGAAAUUUUGAUGUUAUGUUUCAGUUUUAAUUUCCGUUGAUGUCCAGAAACUUGCUCUUUUUAAUUAAUUCUUUCUGUCCGAACUUUUUGCAACUCUCUAUAUACCGAACGUGCUGUUUGUUCAUUGUGAAAUUUUUAUACUUGGGAGUAUUCUUAGUGCUAACUCAGACACUUUUUCUAGGCAAUAGGUUACCUUAUUGAUUAUAUACCAGUUGAUGCAGUAUAUUUGCGAAAGUUAUAUAAAAUGUAUUCGUUUUGAUCCUACAUUCGGCGAUUUCGUAUUUUACUGAAAAUGAAGUCUCAUCUUUUAGUUUGCAAUCUCCCUGUUAAUUUCUCAGUAGCUUUGUCCAAUAGCGCAUUUAAAGUUAAAUGGCUGUAUUUUUUCUGAGAUCGAAUAUGAAUCAAUCGGAAGUUCUCCAAAACGUAACUGCCGAGGUUGUCAAUGCGACCGGAAAUUCGACAAGAUUUCAAGCCAGCACCGAAGGCAUGUCAGUUGCUUACGGAAGUCUGCUCUUCAUGGCUCUGUUUCCGAUUGUUGUUGGAUCGUUCAAAAGUGUAGGCCAUCUUAAAAAACAGAAACUAUCCGGCAAGUCAGAAGAUGUGGAAAUUAUGACUAACAAAGAUGCAAUGAUGUUUCCAGUUUAUGGAAGUUUCGUACUUUUUGGAAUUUAUCUCGUGUUCAGAUUCAUCGAUAAGGAUCUGGUGAAUAUCCUGUUCACUGCGUAUUUCUUCAUACUGGGAACCAUUGCCCUUGCACGAGUGAUUGAGCCGGUGGUCCGCAAGUGCAUACCAUUGCCUUGGAAUGUGCAGUACAAACUGCUCCUCUUGUCCGAUGAGAAACCCUCUGGAACUUACGAGGAAGGCGAAAAGUCCCAAAAAGAGAAGGACACGUCUACGUUUGUGUCGGCAAUUAAUACUGUGUUGUCAAAUGCCGCAGAAGAGGAUGGUGCCAAGGAGGACAUUCCCUCAGCGUCAGGAGACGACGACCAAAAGCUGUCUAAGGCAUCUGAGCAAACCAAAAAGUCCACAGUACCCGUAUAUCAGGACCUAUUAGUCAACUGUAGUUUCGACUACCUGACAAUUAUAAGUGCAGCAAUUUCGGCAUGUGUUGGCGUGUGGUAUCUGAUCAAGAAGCACUGGAUCGCAAACAACUUGUUUGGCCUGGCAUUCUCGAUAUCUGGAAUCGAGUUCCUCCAGCUGAACUCUGUGCUGAACGGCUGCAUUCUGCUGGGUGGUCUGUUUUUCUAUGACGUAUUCUGGGUAUUUGGAACGGACGUCAUGGUAACAGUAGCUAAGAGCUUCGAGGCACCCAUAAAACUCAUUAUGCCCCAGGACCUCCCAGAGCAGGGUCUGGCUGCAGGCAAUUUCGCCAUGCUUGGCCUGGGAGACAUCGUCAUUCCCGGCAUUUUCGUCGCACUGUGCUUGAGAAUCGAUCACGAUUUCGCCUCCAAUGCGGCGGGAAAAGGAGUGAAGAAAGUGUAUUUCUGGAGUGCAUUUUUGGCCUACAUUUUGGGUCUAGUGGUAACUAUUAGUGUAAUGCACUAUUUCAAACAUGCACAGCCGGCGCUGCUCUACCUGGUACCUUCUUGUCUCGGCAUACCACUCUUUGUUGGGCUAGCUAGAGGUGAGCUAAAAACGAUGUUUGCAUAUGUGGACAACCCAGAACCUAUCAAAGAAGAAGCUAAUAAAACAGAUGCCGUCUCAAAAAAAGACGAUUAACUUAAUUAGUAUCUCAUUUGGAAACUAAGGUUACAAAAUGUAUAAGCUUGAACUGGUGCAUCGGUGAUUGGUGUUCGUACUAUUUUAAUUUAUGUUCAGAUUUGGUUUGUGUUGUUUCCGAGAAUUAUUAAUUCUUGUGAAUGUCAUCAUCCGUCUCUGUUUUUCUAGAGAAAUGCAUAAAUUGUCUCAAAGGCUUUAUGUUUUCUUAAGUAAAAAUCACUUUAUUUAUUUUGAUGAAAAGUUGGAGUAAACAUUUGAUUGAUUUACUUGCGAAAGAGAAUUGGUGUGUAGCUUCCAACAAAAGGUGCAUGUUUUUCGAAUUUCACUAGUUUAAAUCAAAGAAUCGUUUUGGUUGUUUUCCUAAUUGAUGUUCCAUAUCUAUGUGAAAGACUAUAAAUUGAUAGAUUGUAAAUGUUGGUGCCAAUUUAUGUACUCGAAUCAAUUAUUAAAUAUAAAAAAUUGUCACUAUGGAUGUUCAUUUUUGUUCGUUCCAUCAAUGCUUAACCGUUAGCUGUUGAAUUCAUUCAAAUUGGCUGUUUUCUUCAGGUUGGCAAAAUAUUGUUUGCUAUUGAAUGAAAAAUGAAAUAACAGUAAGCUAAGCUAUAUUUUAUUAAAUAGUGGUAAAUUGUUCAUAGUUUUUUUUGUCGCAACAAGCAUAAUAGUGACCAAUUAAGU